CUGCCACUCCGAGCCGAUCCCUCUCUCUUCCUGCAGCCGUCACUUUCCUUGCCCGAGUUUCUCUUCAGUUGCGUACAGGGCGGUGCGGGGCUCGGAAAUACAAACACUGCUUUACUUGGACCAUGGAUGAUUUUUCGCUUGCAGACGCAUUACUGGAGGACUCCCCAGGCAAAGCCUCCAAAGUCAGCAACACCCACCCUGCUGCCCCGGCCAACCCAGCAUGGCCCAACUCUGCCCCCUGGAGCAAUCCCCCCGGAGCUCCACAGUUCCCACCCUCCUCUGGGCCCUCUGCCCCUAGCCAGCCCUCCGCCCCAGGGCAGUACCCAGCAGGGGGGGGCCCUGGGGCUCCUGGUCAGUAUCCAGCAGGCCCUGGGGCUCCUGGACAGUAUCCAGCAGCAGGAGGCCCUGGACAGUAUCCUGGUGCCCCAUCAGCUCCAGGACAGUUUCCAGCAGGCCCUGGGGCUCCUGGACAGUAUCCAGCAGCAGGGGGCCCUGGACAGUAUCCAGGUGCCCCAUCAGCUCCAGGACAGUUUCCAGCAGGCCCUGGGGCCCCUGGACAGUAUCCAGCAGCAGGGGGCCCUGGACAGUAUCCUGGUGCCCCAUCAGCUCCAGGACAGUUUCCAGCAGGCCCUGGGGCCCCUGGACAGUUUCCUGCAGCAGGGGGCCCUGGACAGUAUCCUGGUGCCCCAUCAGCUACAGGACAGUUUCCUGCAGCAGGGGGCCCUGGACAGUUUCCUGCAGCAGGGGGCCCUGGACAGUAUCCUGGUGCCCCAUCAGCUCCAGGACAGUUUCCAGCAGGCCCUGGGGCCCCUGGACAGUUUCCCUACCCCAGCUCUGGUGGACAGGCCCCUGGAGCCUUCCCUCCUUCCUCUGGCCCUUUCGCCGGGGGCCCGUUCCAAACACCCAGCGGCCCAUUUGGACCCCCACCCGGUACCUGGGGUCCCCCUGCUUCCCAACCAUUUCCCCCAGGCCCCCAACCCGCCCAGCCUGGCUCGUUCGGACCGGGUCCUGCGGGCCCCUGGGGGUCAUUCCCUGCCCCUUCCGGGCCGUCCUCGUACUUCGGGGGCCCUGCUGCACCGAUCGCCCCUCCCUCUGGACCGGCCGGAGCUCUGCGAGUGCCCUAUGAGCUUCCCCUACAGGCUGGGUUAAUGCCUCGUCUGCUGAUCACCAUCACCGGAGAGACCACGAAGAACCCAGUCAGAUUCCACUUUGAUUUUUUGCGAGGCACAGACUCCGUGUUCCACUUCAACCCCCGGUUCGAUGAGAAAGUGGUGGUGAGGAACGCCUGUCUGCAAGGGUGCUGGGGGGCCGAGGAGAGGCAGGGGGGUUUCCCCUUCAUCCCCGGGAAGCCAUUCGAGAUCAAGGUCCUGUGUGAGGAGGCGAUGUUCAAGGUGGCGGUGAAUGGACUUCACCUGCUGGAGUUCCGGUACCGGUUCAAAGCCCUGAACGAGGUCACGCUGCUGCGAGUCCAAGGAGACAUCAAGCUGUCCGUGGUGGCGCCCAGCAUGGUCUAGGACCCCUCCCAACCACGAGCCCCUGUUACCCAGCUUCCCUCUGAGCAACCCUCCCUGGAAUCAGGGCUCCAGAUAGAAAACCAGCCCAGUCCUUUGGGCUAGAACCCCUUCACAAUGUGGCUGCUGAUUGCGCACCCGUUUUCAGGCUGGAAACGCAUGCUAAGCUAUUGGUUGCUUCUUCAUUAGCGCACUUCUGUUUCCCUAGUUACAAACAGUAAGGUUGUGUCCAGUUCUCAUUACUAGAAAAUAAUUUGGUGUGUGGCUAAUUUUCAAAAAAUGUAAACAGAUUAUAUUUCUGCUCUGCUAUAGACUGUAAUGUGGGCAGAACGCUUUGUCAUGCAGAAGCUGUUCAAAGCAACCAAUCAACAUUGUUCUGCAGUUCGAGUCUGAAAACCAGUGCGGUUUCAUACCUCCCUUGCACUGGGGGAACAAAAACAAAUCACAUCCAGACUGCCCCUUUAACUAUGAGAUGACCACUGGUGCUAUUAUGUGCAUUUAGAUAAAUAAUUCAAUUAGUUUCAGUGUCCAGCCACCAGGGGCACUGUGUGCUAUGCAGUGAUCAGAAUCAGAAAGAUUGAAUGCUGGGAGGUACUGUUAGUAUGUACUGCUGCCUGCAUGGAGACUGGUUAUAUUACGCCUGUUUUACUUUUUUUUUUUGGUUUUGUUUUGCUAUGUCUCUUAAGGACAUUGUCUGUCCCUCUUUGCUGGGAUGGAGUGAGUGUUUUCUGGUUGCAGUUGUUACUGAUUUGAGAAAUUGGUAUUGUGUCCUGCAGGUGCAUGCUGGCUUGAUGCCCUGAUAAUCCACUCAAGCUCCUUUAUGGGUGGCUAGCAUCCUGGCCAGCGCUAAUCCUGGACUAUCCCAUGUCACUUUAGGAAAGGUAGUCAGAGAUCUGUGAAACCAGCCAUUGGUAGCCGAAGGCAACAGCUACUGUGGGUCUUUUAGCCCUAAAUUCAGCAAAAUACAGACCAGCCUGGAAUGAAGCUUUGUGCUAGUCUUCCUGGGGCGCAUUAAAUCCAUUUUCUGCCACUGACUGCUGUGGGAUUCCUGCCUAGGAUAUUCCCGCUAAAGAAGGACCCUCCCCCCCCAAACACAGACACAAUCAGAAAAAAGUACUGCUGUGUUGACAAUGUAUUUUCCCUUUAGGUAUUGACAGUAACAUGCUGUAAGUUAGAUUCUCAAACCUGCGUUCUCUUCCCAUGUAUCCAGAACACUUGUGCAGUGCUCCCUUGUUGUUGCCCUGUCUGAUUUGCACGAGACAGAUCUUGUCAUAGACAGGGCAGUGAAUCUGUGACAGGCCUGUGUGCAGUAAAGAAUGUCAGGUGUGCAGUUUACUGUCAGUGAAUUGGGAAAUGAUGCUGGAGCACUGCCGUGUGACCUGAAGGAUGAUGCCUGUGUGUGUUUUUUAAUCAUUAUUAUAUCGUACCAUAUCAUUUUGAAUAAAAUAACUGUUUUUCA